AUGGGUGCUCCAAGUGAAGAACUAGCCCCAGACAAGAAGCAGCAUCCGUACGCGUUGGCUAGUCCCUGGUCGCGAUAUUUUUUCUGGUGGCUCCGGUCGUUACUACGCCUCGGUUUACGGAGGCAAAUAGUGCCGAGUGAUGUUUGUGAUGUUUGCUUGCCGGACUUGCGAAGUGAAACAAUUGGGACCGAAUUCGAGCGCCAGUGGAAACGUGGCGAGGACGUGACGUCUCAAGACCAAUCGAUCCCUCGCUCGCCGGAGGAUGGUGAACGAUCCGAGCAAACAGCCGGCCCACCCUGGAGGCUCUUGCGCACGGUGGUACGCAUUUAUGGUGCCGGCGUGUUCACGUUCGGUUUCGUGUACAGCUCAAUCGAAUCGGCCUGCAGAAUAGGCCAACCGUUUCUUCUCGGCCAGCUGAUCCUCUACUUCGACCAGCAACGGUUUGGCGUAGCAUCUACCGAUACAUCGGCACUGAGCCUAGGGGAAGCGUACGGUUAUGCCAUUGGCAUAGUGCUCACCGUAGUUGUACCUCUGGCCAUCUUUCAUUCCUACCAACUAUUUCUACUAAAAGUGGGCAUGAAGAUCCGUAUCGGCUGCUGUGCUCUCAUCUACAACAAGGUCCUUCGGUUAAACGACACCACCGAAGGCUUAUCCGGACUGGUAAUGAACCUGAUGGCGAACGAUGUAAGCCGGUUCGACUACGCGGUCAUAUUCUUCCACGACCUCUGGAAGGGUCCGGUAGAGUUGGUGAUUGUGGCCGUUCUGGUGUACCUCGAAAUAGGUGGGGCCGGUUUAAUCGGCAUCGGGUUCCUGCUGCUCUUCAUCCCGAUCCAGGCCUGGCUGGGUAAACGAUCGGCCGUCUACCGUAUGGCAACGGCACUGGCCACCGACGAACGGGUGCGGUUUACGAACGAGAUACUACGCGGUAUUCAGGUCAUCAAGAUGUACGUUUGGGAGCAACCGUUCGAACAGAUCGUCCGUCAGUUGCGUCGUAAAGAGAUCAAAGCCCUACGUGGAAGUGCCCUCAUUCGAUCGGUUCUGCUCACCCUCCGUAUCGUCCCGAAGGUGUCCAUCUUUCUGACGCUAAUCUCGUACGUGUACUUCGGCAACGCGCUCACGGCGCGCCGCGUCUACAUGCUCAUCUCGUUCUUCAGCGUCAUCCAUCACUCGAUGGUCGAGUAUUGGCCCCUGGCAGUGACAUCGGCCGCCGAAGGUUGGAUUUCGCUGAAGCGUAUUCAAGCUUUUCUGCUACAACAUGAUCUCAACGCAGGAGAGCACGCGGGAGAGUCACCGAGGGCUAAAGCCGACGGGACCGUCAGCCGGAUACAGUUCACGGACGUUUCGACCUCGAUGUGGUCGGAUUCUAAUUUUAUGCUCCGCAAGUUAACGCUCAGCUGUGACGCAUCGCGUCACCGUACGGUGGCCAUCGUUGGUAGCAUCGGUUCGGGAAAAUCAACGUUACUCAGUCUGAUCACGGGUGAGCAGUGUGUGAACGGGGGGAGUAUCGAGGUCGAGGGCAGUAUUAGCUACUGCUCCCAGAAGCCUUGGAUCUUUGAGGGAUCGAUCCGCCAGAAUGUGCUGUUCAUCGAGCAGUACGAUGAGUCGCGGUACCGGGAAGUGCUGAAGGUGUGCGCCCUCGAGCAGGACAUCGCCCUGUGGCCAGCCGGCGACGAAACGCUUGUCGGUGAGCGAGGAUUCAGCUUGAGCGGUGGACAGAAGGCACGCGUCAGCCUAGCAAGGGCACUGUAUCGUCGUGCCGAUAUUUAUCUGCUCGAUGAUCCUCUGUCGGCCGUCGAUGCGCACGUUGGGAAUGUCAUCUUCGAGCAGGGUAUUCGUUCGUUUCUCGCCGGCACCCUGUGUGUGCUCGUAACGCACCAGCUUAAGUAUGUCAGUGGCGUCGAGCACAUCGUGUUAAUGGAUAAUGGUCAAAUCGUGCAGCAGGGCAGCUACGGCGAGCUGAAGACACACUUUGCGGAUAGUGAUGGCUCAAAGGAUGAAGAUAACCGGACAGAAAAAGGUUCGACCACUCCAGCAAGUCGUGUGCCCACGGACAGCGAGGUAAAGGGACAGGUGAAGGAGUCACCAUCGGCCGGCGAGAAAGUGGAGAAGUCGAACGAAGGGCAGGAGGAUGGAACCGUCGGAUUCCGGAUGUAUCUUGAAUUCCUGAGCAGCGUCAGGAAUGUGGCAUUCGUCGUGUUUGUCGCAUUACUCAUGGUAGCCUGGCAGGUCUCCUCAACCGGCACGGAUUACUUCGUAUUCAUAUGGGUCGAUUGGGAGGAAACGGUUUCCGGUACGCCGCAGGCCCGAUGGACUACCGAUGACCACGUGCUGUUCUACUGCGGUGCGGUUGUACUGACGGUCCUGUUGACGGCCAACUCGUUCGCCUUCUUCGAGAUGUGCCUAAAGGCUUCGCUGAACAUCCACACGGCCCUCUACCGGGGCGUCACGCACACGCUGAUGCAGUUUUUCAAUCAAAACGCUUCCGGUCGUAUCAUGAACCGCUUCUCGAAGGAUAUCGGACUGAUCGAUGCGAGCCUUCCCAUCGUCAUGGCCGACAGUCUCCACUUCUUUCUCGAGCUGUUCGGUAUCAUUGCGAUUGUGGCGUUGGCCAACUACUGGCUGCUCGUACCGACCGCGGUCAUGGGGCUCGUGUUCUAUCUGCUCCGGUACGUCUUCCUUCGGACGGCACGCAACGUCAAACGCGUAGAAGCCAUCACCCGGAGUCCCGUGUUUACGCACGUGAACGCCACGGUCGAAGGACUGGCGACGAUACGGGCGUACGGUGCCGAACGCCACCAGGCGAUGGAAUACCAUCGGCGUCAGGAUCGUAACAUGGCGGCCGGGUUCCUGUUCGGUGCAACGACGCGUGCAUUCGCUUUCUGGCUCGACGUUAUCUGUGCACUGUACAUUGCGUCCGUGGUGCUGAGCUUUCUGGUCAUUGGCAAUGAUAUCAUUAGCGGUAACGUGGGUUUGGCCAUCACGCAAGUGCUUAACCUGAUCGGAAUGUGCAACUGGGGCAUCCGGCAGACGGCCGAGCUCGAGAAUCAGAUGACAUCGGUCGAGCGGGUGCUGGAGUACGCACGGUUGCAACCGGAGCCAUCCAUCGAUCCAUCGUUGCCACCGGACAGCCACGGUGCCAUUCUUGCUGCAUCAUGGCCAGAGAAUCCUGGUAUUGCGUUUCGGGAAGUUCAGCUACGGUACAGCCCGGCUGAGGCUCCGGUGCUCAAGCAGUUGAGCUUCGAAAUCAAACCAAAGGAACGUGUGGGCAUCGUGGGACGCACCGGCGCUGGCAAGUCGUCAAUAAUUCAGGCCCUCUUUCGCCUAACGCCACCAUCGGGUGGGAUCAUCGAGAUUGACGGAAUCAAUAUCGGCUCGGUGCCACUGUACCGGUGCCGGAGCCGCAUCUCGAUCAUACCCCAGGAUCCCGUCAUAUUCACCGGCAGUUUGCGGAGCAAUUUGGAUCCGUACGGUCGGCUAUCGGACGAACGGUUGUGGCAGGCGCUCGACCAGGUUGAACUGAAGGCCACCGUGAGCGCGAUGGCCGCCGGGCUUAACAGCAAGAUGGCCGAAGGUGGAACCAACUUCAGUGCCGGUCAGCGGCAACUACUCUGCCUGGCGCGUGCCAUCCUGCAGGACAGCAACAUCCUGAUACUGGACGAGGCGACCGCAAGCGUUGAUCAACGAACGGAUGAACUGAUUCAACGCACGAUCCGGACACAGUUUACGAACUGUACCGUCCUGACGAUCGCACACCGGAUACACACGAUCAUGGACAGCGAUCGGGUGCUGGUAAUGGAUGCGGGACGUAUGGUGGAGUUCGACCAUCCCCAGCGCUUACUGCAACGACCGGACGGCUAUUUCCGCAAGCUGGCUAAGGAACACUGA